AUGACUGGGUUCUUCUGGAACGUGAGAGGAUUUAACAAGGAAGCUAAGCACAAAGUCGUCCGUCAAUGGAUACAGAAUAAGGGAUUGCAGUUUGGUGGUCUGUUGGAAACUCGAGUCAAGGAGAGCAAAUCAGCUCAAAUUGUCUCAACAAAUUUGACAGGCUGGUUAUUUGUAAAUAAUUACGAGCUUAGUAGAAAAGGGAGGAUAUGGGUUCUUUGGAGUUCGCAAGUCAUAGUGACCCCGGUCUUCAAAUCUGAUCAGAUAAUUACGGUUUCAGUUCUUGUGGAAGGAGAAGACGAGGAGAUUCUCUGCUCCUUUGUCUAUGCGGAAAACACUGCAGAGAAGAGAAAAGAGUUGUGGGAUGAUAUCAAGUCUCAUCAGAAUUCACCAAUGUUCAAAAACAAGGAAUGGGUAAUAAUGGAAGACUUCAACGAGAUACUAGAUGGGGAUGAGCACUCCAGCUACCAAGAUUCGGGUCUGACUACUCCAGGGAUGCGGGAUUUUGAAAGUGUUAUUCAACACUGCAAACUACUCGACAUGGGUUAUCAGGGUCCGAAGUUUACUUGGUGCAACAGAAGGGGCGAAGGAACAGUUUGCAAAAAACUGGAUAGAAUUCUGGUAAAUGAGACCUGGCUCAACCAACGAACCCAAGCUUAUGGCAUUUUUGAGGCGGGAGGAUGCUCAGAUCACCUUCGGGGAAGAUUUCACCUCCGGGCUGAGGCAGUGGGUAAGCGCAGACCUUUUAUUUUCUCAAAUGUCAUUGCAGAAACUCCGGAGUUCUUGGACACAGUCUCGGACUAUUGGAAAGAUACAACACCUCUGUUCCAGUCCACAACUGAUCUCUUCAGAUUCUCUAAGUAUCUCAAAGGCCUUAAACCUUUGAUCCGAAGAUUGAGCAAAGACAAGCUUGGAGCUUUUACGAAGCGGGUAAAAGAAGCUUACCAGGACCUAUGCGAGAAACAAGAGAAGGUGAUGUUAGACCCUACCCAAGGAAACAUCUUAACAGAGCAAACGGCAGCUGAGAGAUGGCAGAGGGUCUCAAAUAUUGAGGAGAAGGUCUUCAAGAAACGCUCUAAACUCCACUGGCUGCAAGUAGGAGAUAGAAACAACAAAGCUUUCUACAAUGCUGCAAAGGUCAGAGAAACCAGAAAUGCUAUCAGAGAAAUCAAGUGUUCCUCGGGGAACAUUGUCACUUCCCAAGAGGAGAUCAAAAACGAGGCUGAGAGAUUCUUCAACGAGUUCUUGUCUUUGGAACCUCCGGGUAUGGAGGAGAAGUCAGUUGUGAUCUCCAAGAUCUCGUACCCUUCCGCUGCAAUGAUGAGCAAAGGGCAAUGCUGA